GUUUUAUUAUUUGGCUUCUAUAACCUCAAAAUUUUAAAAUGGACACCGAAAUUAAGAAAAUCAUUUCGGGCAACUUGGAUGUUGUGAGCGAGUCCCUAAAUAACUUCAUAGAACAUAAUGCAGCUGUAUUCACAUUCAAAGAACUUAACGGAGACCUCCGCAAGGAUCUGUGGAGAGCUUUAUUUACGUACAUAAGUGACGACAGUAAAUCACAUUUACAUAUCUCAGCUCUAACAGCAGUACGAAUCUUAAGCCGUGAAAAGAACGGAUUGGAUCAGUUAGUCACAGCUGGAGAUUUAGAUUUGUUGCUAGAACGUGGAAAUUUAAAGAGCGAUCGGUACGAUUGCAACGACCACUCUGUAAUUGUAGAAUCACUGAAGUGUCUAUGCAAUAUUAUUUAUCAAAGUCGUAUCGCUGCCACUAUUUCCAGUACAAAUGGAAGCCUCGAAGGUAUCAUGAACCGUUCUAAAAAGUACAAGCAUUUACCCAAUGAUGUGAAAACAUUCGACAUGAAACUGCUAUUUCUGAUUACCGCGUUAUGCAGAAACACUCGUCCUACAGUUAAAGAGGACCUUCACGGAUUGACGUAUUUGAUCGAAAUCUUGGAGGAUAUUGCAGAGGGCGAGUCCCACAACUCUGAUGUUAACAUGUUAUCAGAUCAAGGUACUGAUUUGGCUUGCGAAACACUAAAAGUACUCUUCAAUUUAUCAAUCCAAGCAGACUCUUGGUCUAGCGUUGACGAAGAAGACGAAAUUCGUUACGUCAAACUCGUAGGCAUCCUACACAAGUUGUUAAUUAUCCAAACCGAAAGUGCAGAUAAGCGACUGGAGCUCCACAGCCAGGUUGUGAAUUUGCUAACGAAUAUGCCGGCUACAUGUUAUUCGGCGCUUUUUAUGCCAGCCGAAGACAAUGUGGCGAAGGAUUUGCAAUACGAAGAACAAAAUAUGAACGCGGUCAUGGAGCUGUGUAAUUUUCUAGAGUUGCGUUUUAGAAAUGAAGUGACCAUACAAAAUCAGCAAGAGCUUCUGUCCCCAGUACUGAUCGUCCUGUUAAAGGCUGUCAAGAGCUCGAGGAUAAUUCGUAGAUAUUUACGGUUGAAGAUUUUACCUCCUCUGAAAGAUGUGCACAAUCGACCCGAACAAGGAGGGACAGUGAGGAACAGUUUAUGUCGUUUACUCACGACGCCAAUUACGAAUGUUCGCGAUAUUGUGGCCGAUUUUCUAUUUGUGUUGUGCAAGGAAAACGUGGGACGAAUGAUUAAGUACACGGGCUAUGGCAAUGCAGCCGGGUUGUUUGCGCAACGAGGUCUGCUAGGAGGAGGAAAACCAACUGAGGGACGUUACAGUUCCGACAGUGAAGAUAGUGAUACUGAGGAAUACAGAGAGUAUAAGCACGGGAUUAAUCCCGUCACCGGUUGUUAUGAUCCUCCACGGCCCAGUCCAACAGCGAAUAUGACCGAAGAACAGAAGGAGUACGAGGCGAUGCAGCUCGUUAACCUAAUGGAUAAUUUGACACGUCAGGGGAUUGUUCAACCAUGUAGAAUAGGGGAAGAUGGUAGACCACAGCCGAUUGAACAUGUUUUACAAUUACAAGAAUCAUUGCUUAAUGAUCAACCCACAAAUAUUCAUGAUAGUAAAUAAGUUGUUCUCAUGUUUCCAUACAAUAUUUAUCUGUGUUAUUUAAUGUUAUUUAUCUGUAACAAUAUAAAAUAAAUAAAUGUAUCCUAUUGUC